AUGUCGAAGCAGGAAGAGAUAACAACCGAUUUCAAACCGAGCGAGACGUGGAGGAUCGUGAAAAACGUAGUCGUUAUCAGCUUAGCCUUCAUGGUUCAGUUUACAGCGUAUAAUGGUGCAGCAAAUUUACAAAGCUCUAUCAAUGCAGAAGCUGGUUUGGGUACGGCCUCCUUGGCCGCAGUAUAUGCAGGAUUGGUUUUCUCAAGUAUUUUUCUGCCCGUUAUUGUUAUCAAAUGGUUGGGCACGAAAUGGGCGAUGGUAUUGUCAUUCUUGUCUUACAUGCCAUACAUCGCUGCGCAGCUGCUGCCACGCUUCUGGACCUUGGUCCCCGCUGGCCUCAUUCUCGGCCUCGGUGCGGGUCCACUUUGGUGUUCCAAAUGUACUUAUUUAUCCGUGGUAUCAGUGGUUCAUAGCAAGAUUUCUAACAUUUCAUCCGAAGCUUUGCUCAGUCGUUUCCUUGGAGUGUUUUCUAUGAUCUUCCACCUGAAUCAAAUAUGGGGAAAUCUCAUCUCUUCUCUGGUUUUAUCGUCGGGCGAUAACGAGGCCGCAGUAACUGCGUUAAACGAGACUCUGAUUCCGAAGUUUUGUGGCGCUAACUUUUUACCUAGCGCUGAUGCUGGCGAAGCUUUGCAAACUCAACCGCCUGAGAGGAUUCAAAUGAUAGCUGGUUUAUAUUUAGUGUGCAUAGCUGGUGCUGCACUCAUUAGCGCAGUUGGAGUUGAUUCUAUGAAAAGGUACGACAAUGGCCGUUCGAGGUCCCACUCAGGUCAAUCUAGCUUGGCGCUUCUUGUUGCCACGAUGAAGCUGUUGGUAGAGCCCAAUCAAUUGAUGCUUAUCAUUAUAAACGUGUUCAUCGGCCUACAGCAGGCAUUCUUUGGCGCAGAUUUUUCAGCUGCGUUCGUUUCUUGCGCCAUCGGCACUGGUACAGUUGGCUUUGUGAUGAUGACGUACGGUGCUGCAGACGCAAUUGGAUGCGUAGUUUCAGGAUACUUAGCGAAGGUUACCGGCCGUUUACCCCUGUUGUGUACAGCUGCCUUAAUCCAGACUGGACUCUUCGUGGCUAUCCUAAUAUGGAGACCGCAUCACAACGAAGCGUACGCGUUGUACUCGUUAGCCGUACUGUGGGGUCUGUGUGACGCUUUGUGGGUAGUCCAAAUUAAAUCAUUCUACGGAGUGUUGUUCCUGGGUAGAGAAGAGGCAGCGUUUUCUAACUUUGUACUAUGGGAAUCUGUGGGAUAUAUUGUUGCAUACAUCAUAUCUCCACAUUUGAGAGCCAGCACUAAGACUUACUUACUUAUCGCGUUGUUGAUAAUAGGAGUCUCUCUCUACUUCGUUGUGGAAUACAGAAAUAGAAAGGCGAGGAAGAAGUUAGAAGAGAAGAAAAAAGAAUUGCAUACGAUUGGUUGUAAUAAUAUCGCGUUUCAAAACUUAGAUUGA